AAAUGAGUACAAGCGCAAGUGGAAAAUGCUCAACAUUGAUGGUUGGUGUACCAAUUAUCUGGGUUUUGGGCGGUCCCGGCUGCGGCAAGGGUACCCAGUGUGCCAAAAUUGUUGAAAAAUACGGUUUCGUCCAUUUGUCCAGUGGUGAUUUGCUGCGUGAAGAGGUUGCCUCCGGUUCACCCAAGGGCCAGGAAUUGGCUGCCAUCAUGAAAGAAGGCAAACUUGUUUCCAACGAUGACGUUUUGGGUCUCUUGGAAAAAGCUAUUCGUGAAAGACUUAAUGGUGCCAAGGGUUUCCUUAUCGAUGGUUAUCCUCGUGAAAAGGAUCAAGGUGUCGCCUUUGAAAAGAAAAUUGCUCCUGCCGAUUUAGUUCUAUUCUUCGACUGUGCUGAUGCCACUUUGGUUAGCCGUGUCAUGGCUCGUGCUGCUGCAUCCACUGAAAAGCGUGCUGAUGAUAAUGAGGAAACAAUUAAGACCCGCAUUGCCACAUUCAGAUCAAACACCAAUGCCAUUCUCUCACAAUAUACCGAUAAGACCUUAACCAUCAAUGCUGAACGCGGUGUUGAUGAAAUCUUCAAUGAUGUCACCUGUGCCUUGGAUUGUUUAAUACAAAAGAAAGCCACUGUUGUGGCCAGUGCAUAAAGACCCGACCACUAUCCCCCACAUAGCUCUACUACUUUAUGUUUGUUGUUUCUUCUUAAAU